AUGCUCUUUUCGAUUCUUUUCUACCUAAAUUAUCAUUUCAGGCGGCCUGAUGGUUACGUCUCGCAUCGCGGGCGGAAAUCUCAUUCUCAUAGAUCGAUCAUUGCAAGUCGAUGUAGCUCAACAGCUAAGCGCGCUGCAUGGAAUUGCGAUGAUUAAAUGAUGUGCUUGGUAGCUGUAGUUUCACGACCCGUGAAACUGGCCAGGCGAAACAGCGCAUGAAAUAUCAGUGCAACGGAUACAUCUCCAUCAGCUGCGAAGGGCAGUUUGAUUGAAAUCCCAUGGGACAUGUUCCCCACUACGCCUCGCCCAUCGACAACCACCGGCAUCCGACUCGAAGCAGCCCGUGCGGUCUUCGACAUCUCUACGCGCCAUGAUCCCUUCGACCCGUAAUUGCAUACUAGUUUGUCCGCUCGAAUUCACCGUCCAUCUGGCCCUCAGUCGCUGUUUUCGCCU